AUGAAUCCUCAGCUGGCGGCUCUUGUCAACAACACGAUUUGGUAUGUCCCAAGAAAGAAGAACAUAUUUAGUCAGCCAGAUGAUGUCUUAACUGCUGCCGAGAGAUACAUUGAAGAGCAUGGGACUGAGGCAUUUGAGAGGAUGAUCGUCAACAAGACUCAGCGCAAUGAAAGAAGCAGGAGCAGUACCGAGAACAAGUACAUGGUGAACAACAGUUACACUAGUAGCAAUUACAUGAUCUUCGAUGACGAUUACAGAUAUUAG